AUCUUCUUCUGUUCUUAUUUGAUUGAUUAAACAGCAAAAUUAUAGGUAAAGUAUAACUGUUAUGGUUGCAGCCGUUUUGGUAAACAAUAAGUCAGAAUUUUAACUCAAAGUUAACCUUUUGGCCUGGCAUUUUUUUCUUUCUUUUUUAUUUUUGAGCGCCCCUUCUCAAUAAAAGCACAUCACCCCUUGACGCAAACAUGACUCAUUGCAUGUGAAUGGAGGCCGUCCCGACGUUCAGGAAACAUGCUCUUAUUGUGAAGGCGAGUUGACUCUAGUACAAUGCUUAGUCACGGUGAGUUACAGCCUCCCCUCCUCCUUCCUAUGUGGCGCACAGCUCGGCAGAAAACGUUGGAGGAAUUAAGAUCGAUUACCUUUAACCUCCUGCCCGCUUGAAGCAGUAGCACAGCAAGCAGCUUCCCACUCUGGAUAAUAUUGAGGAAGUUGUUUUCAAGAGAAUAAACUCCAGUUUUUCCUUCUUCAUUCCAAAGAGCUGUCAGAGACACCUGUGACAGAUUUGAGUCUCCUUUUACUCAUCAAACAACAAACUGUUGGAUUCCAUCACUUAUCUCAACGUUUGCUGCACUUUUAUCGAUUUUAGUUUGGCUUUGAUUCAUCUGAUGAGUUAGGAAUUUAACUGAUUAACAUAGAUUUAAUAGGAGACUUUCAGAGCAUGAUUUAAUUGGCUGCUGCCAUACAUUUUCCCCCCACUCCUCUGACAAACAGGCAUGUUUAACAGGCUUCUGUCAAUAUCGCACGGGUGUGGAAAGAAAGAGAGUUUUGCCACGAAAGCAGUCGAUCUAAAAGAAAUCCCUUUGAUUCCCGGCUCUGCGAAGUUUAAAUUUAAUUACAGCGACAUCAAUCUUUAACUCCCGUUCAGCAUGCUGGAGGGUCAGCGUGUAACCACGCACCCAGCCGGAACUGGCAUCUCGCAAACUAUUUUCAAUGUCAUAACACGCAGCAUGACUCAGCUUGAGUGCUAAACAGAGCAAGGACAUCUUCAUGUGGUCAUAAAUAAGACAUUCGCCAAGACAAGAAAGGACGACAGAGACGCUGUGACAAACAGAGUGGAUCUCUCAAUGAACUUUUUUAGUUUCUCCGUGCGGUGCCAGCAUGCCCAAUAGCCGUGUCCACCGAUCUUGAAGCAAAGAUAUUAAAGAGGAGAAAGAACUUUUUCUAGGAAAUGACAGAGUGCCUGACCGAAUACAAAGCGCUGGUGACACCCUCCACGCGUAAUGGUCACCGCGUCUUCAGCUACACGCUGGAGAGCCACACCUCGGCCGCCUUCGCCAUCAUGAAUGAGCUGCGGCUGGAGCGGCAGCUGUGCGAUGUCACGCUGCGAGUGCGCUACAAGGACCUGGACGAGGUGGACUUUGUGGCGCACAAGGUGGUCCUGGCCUCCUCCUCGCCCGUCUUCCGAGCCAUGUUCACCAACGGGCUGAAAGAGUGCGGGAUGGAGCUGGUUCCCAUCGAAGGGAUUCACCCCAAGGUUAUGGAGCGACUGAUCGAGUUUGCCUACACCGCCAGCAUCUCUGUGGGGGAGAAGUGCGUCAUCCACGUGAUGAACGGCGCCGUCAUGUACCAGAUAGACAGCGUGGUCAAGGCCUGCUGCGACUUCCUCGUCCAGCAGCUCGACCCCAGCAACGCCAUCGGCAUCGCCAACUUCGCCGAGCAGAUCGGUUGCACAGAGCUACACCAGAAAGCCAGGGAGUACAUCUACAUGAACUUCAGCCAGGUAGCGAUCCAGGAGGAGUUUUUCAACUUGUCUCAAUGCCAGCUGGUCACCCUCAUCAGCCGCGACGAGCUCAACGUGCGCUGCGAGUCCGAAGUCUUCCAGGCCUGCGUGGCCUGGGUGCGCUACGACCAAGAAAACCGUAGACCCUACGUCCAAGCCUUACUCCAGGCUGUGCGCUGCCAUUCCCUGACCCCCAACUUCCUGCAGACCCAGCUCCAGUCCUUGGACUGGGACCCACAAUGCAAAGACUACUUGGCUCAGAUUUUCCAGGAGCUCACCCUCCACAAACCCACCAAAGUAAACCCCUGCAGAACGCCUAAGGUACCUCAACUCAUCUACACGGCGGGGGGGUACUUCCGUCAGUCUCUCAGCUACCUGGAGGCGUACAACCCCUGCACGGGAGCCUGGCUGAGGCUGUCUGACCUCCAGGUGCCCCGCAGCGGUCUGGCCGCGUGUGUGAUCAGCGGGCUUUUCUACGCUGUCGGCGGGAGGAACAACGCGCCCGACGGCAACAUGGAUUCCAACGCUUUGGACUGCUACAACCCCAUGAACAACUGCUGGCAUCCGUGCGCACCCAUGAGCGUCCCCAGGAACCGGAUCGGGGUGGGUGUCAUCGACGGCAUGCUUUAUGCCGUCGGUGGUUCCCACGGCUGCAUUCAUCACAACAGCGUCGAACGGUACGACCCAGAGAGGGACCAGUGGCAGCUGGUGGCCCCCAUGUUAACGCGACGGAUCGGCGUGGGUGUCACCGUCAUCAACAGGCUCCUGUACGCGGUGGGGGGGUUCGAUGGAGCAAAUCGGCUGAGCUCCUGUGAGUGCUACAACCCUGACAAGGAUGAGUGGAGAACCAUGGCCUCCAUGAACACCGUGCGGUCCGGAGCCGGCGUGUGCGCGUUGGACACUCAAAUCUACGUGAUGGGAGGGUACGACGGAGCCAGCCAGCUAAACACGGUGGAGCGCUACGACGUGGAGAUGGACACCUGGAGCUUCGUGGCCUCCAUGAGGCACCGGCGCAGCGCUCUAGGGGUCACCGCGUUGUGCGGGCGCAUCUUCGUCUUAGGAGGUUAUGACGGCAGCACUUUCCUGGACAGCGUGGAGUGCUACGACCCAAAGGAGGAUACCUGGUUGGAAGUCACUCACAUGACGUCCGGCCGCAGCGGUGUGGGCGUGGCCGUCACCAUGGAGCCCUGCCCCAAGGGUCUCUUAAAAAGCCAAAAGUGUGAAAACGACCCCUCUGCCGGCUGCGAGAGGCCGCACUGUCAGUUCUCCAACGGACCCUUCGGAAAUGACGGCUCAGUCUGAGCCCAGAGAUUCCGAUCCCGACGUCCAUGAAGGACGAGAACCCUAAAAAUGCAGACAGAUGAGAACGAAAAUCCUGCCUCACUGACUGAUUGUAGAAAGGAAAAAAAAAUGCACAUUUAAAAGAAGAAAAAUGUCGUUAGUAUUAUCAGUGCAGCAAUGAUUCUGGUCUGGACUAAAGCUGUCCGCACUGAACUCCUCACACCAAGUGAUCCGCACAAAAGUCCCAUUUUAUUUCCAAUCGUGAUUUAUUAGUUUGUGGUUGAAGACGGUGGAGCUCGGCACAUCUGUUUGCUCUGCUGUGGACAAACCGCAAGCUGAGGUUCCUGUAGGCUCAAAGAGUCGUAAGACGGAAGAGAGAACCCUCUAGUUCUUUUUCACAAGUUUAAAGUGCCAUCGUACUCCUGUCAGUAUAGUGUCCACACACUGCCCAGGGUUGGUCCAGCUCACCCAGACAUUGAAGACAAAGCAAGAACAUUUUUGUAUAUAUUUCUAUCAAAAACAGUAGAUUUUCCUUCAAGUUGUUGCAAAUUGUAGUAUGAUUAGACAUCAGAAUUUUAGGUCUCCAACCAUUUUUGCCUUUCUGUGCUCCUCAAUUUGUGUAAAACCUCCUCAGAAAUAAGCUGAUAUUCACAACAUUUUUAGCAAUUUGAGCUCACACUUUAGCAGAACCAACAGUUUAAUUAAAAGCUGCAGAAUUGUGCAAAGUGAUCCUCCUCCUCUCUGAAGACAUAUUCCUUUUGCAUGGAGCCCCUUGUCUGAUAUAAAGACAAAAGGUUAACAGUGACACCAUAGCAACAGUAAAACUGCAGAAGAAUUUUACAAAAGAACAGUUUUGUGAUGUGCAAAGCAUGAUUUAGAUGAAAAAAAAGUUUGGGUUGUGGUUGAAACAAACUGCCAUCAAGAUCCCACUGAUUGUGUUUCUGUGAACAAAUCUGCCGCCGUUUUUGGUUUUCACGUCUCGGAGACCUUAAACAGAGGUGACCAUGGUCGUGCGUUAGUGUUCAAAUACUGUAUACUAAUGACAGAAUAAUUGCUGAAAUGAGUGCAUUUGUAACAGCAAUUAAAGCUACAAAAAGUUUUUUUUUGAAACAGAUGUUGUACAUUCAUAAUCUAGAAACUCUUGUACAGAAUUCCAGAGUUCACUCUUUAAUUUAUUUGUUUGGACGCGUUGAUUUUCCAGUGGCUUUAAACUGACAUCUGCUUUGUAACUAGACUCGGUGCAGCCUUUUGUAAUAACUAGUUUGCAUUGUGACUAAGUGGAAAUCUUGUUCAUAAUUUUUGAUGUUUGAUUUAAAAAAAAAAAGCUUCACUUUGAGAUUUUUUCUCUUUUUCUGUCUUUAGUUGGAAUUAAAAUUUAAAAAUUGAAAGUCUCA